AAAAAACAAUAAAGUGCCUUUCGAUUGCCUGCCAACACAACUUGGACAAAGACGGUGUUUGGCUUAUAUUAAAAUGAUCGCACCCAACACCUAAUGUUUACAGUCAAGAGCAACUGCCUUUAGAAAGUGAAGACGGAGUACAGGAAGAUUCGUCUCUGCUUACUCAAUAUAAGGGGAUUGACAAAGCCGUCUAGUGAAAUGGUGAAAGAUCUGCAUGAUACCUUGGAAGGAGGAAUCACACAGAGCAUGUCGACCUUUGAAGAGUGUUUUUGCGGGAGUUUUCUCCAAGCCCGUUUACAGCCAGGAUUCUGGCGCUAAAGCUAAGCACCCGAGGAUGAAGCUAACUAUCCUGGAGACGGUGAAACUCUUGAAGGUGGGAUUUACAGGCUUAAAAUAUCAAAUUAUGAAAUAAAUGUGUAGCGCCUAGUUCCUCCUAUGGAGGAGGGGAGUUUGGGGGUUGUGGAAUGUAUAUGUAUUGUUCCUGUCCUCUGCACAUAUCCCAUCAUUUCUGCACUUCCUUUACAGGUCCAGAGUGUGGCUCAUGUUAAGCGACUGUACAUGACUUAAUGCAGAGAUUGAUCUCUUAUUUACACUUGAUCUCAGCACAUGGCAGAAGCAGGUAUUCAGUCAAACUUUAUUUACAUGUUUACAUGUUUGUGUCAACAAAAUGUGACAUGAAGUGCUAGAUUUGAAAUGAGGCAGGCAGGUAGUAGAAAGAUGGACACGCUAGCUCUCUAAACGCAAUAUUUUGGAGGAAAAUGUAUAAACAGAAGAAGCAGGUUGGAAGGAAUUUCGUACUGUAGCCACUAGCAUGACAAUGUUAAUUGGCUAAUCUGAGUAGUGUUGUGUGUUUAUUGCAGCUUGCCUUGUGUUUUCAGUCACAAGUUAGGAAAAAAAUGUCGACGGAAUGUGACACAGUGAAGUUGUCUGAUCAUGAGGUUGUUACUUUUAAUUUAUUGUGUUUUGUCUGCUCCACCGUGGUGCGUGUUUCACACGAUGCAAAGAGGAAGUGGAUUUUCUUUUAAUGAAGCAUGCAAACACACCCAUUUAAAAGAAGGAAAUGUGAAGUACAGUGCGAUGCCGGAGAAGAUAGAGCUUGUCUCUGUGCACCUUGAAGAGAAAUGUGUGUUGAAGGGCCACGCUGGAUUGUAUGUAGUGAGGAAGAGAGAUAAGAUGUGUGUGUGUGUGUGUUUGUGUGUGAGUAAGAGAAAAGAGGAAAGAAAGAGAAGUGAGAUGGGAAGGAGAGGGUGGGAGGAAGAGAAAGAAAUGGGGUGAUGUGUGUGUUGUGUGUAUGCGUGCGUGUGUGUCUGUGAAGGGGGGUGUGGGGAGGAGGAGGGGAGGGGGGGCAGGCACAGUCAGUUCUGAUAACAGCAACAGUAGGAGGAGGAUGAGCCGUGGGACCGCCCCACUCUCCCAUAGAUAUAAAUAGGAGGUGGAUUUUUUUACUCCACUCAUUUCUCCUGAAGGAUGAGAUCCCUGAAACACCUCAAACAUCACUCCAGGAACAAUGUGGAGGAGGAGAGUGGGUGCCUGGCGCGGACUUACCCGAAGGUGACGGAUGGCCCGGUGGAUGUAGGCACCCAGACGGAGCCGGUGGUGGUGCUGUCUCUGGCCCAGGCUGCUGUUCUUGGCCUCAUAUCCCAAAAUGAGAUCUUUGGGGCCACUAUUGCUCCGAAUGGUUUCUACACCGGGGAGUCCCGGGAGCCCCCUCCAAAUCCCUCAGAUACUAUGGAGUACGAGUAUGCUGACCAGCUGAUCGGGGCCAACGGGGACUACCUUCCCGAGCCCACGGGGAACACCCAAGCUCAGCCACACUGCAGCGAUUUAAGGAGAGCAGGGCCGCGCGGGAGGACGAAGCGGCCGAGGAGUGACGGAGAGCUAACGCCUCAUCCGCACAAACAGCCCCUGGUCAAAGGUGAACAGCUGGAGGCCGACACGGAACCUUCCUGCGUCCAUGUGCGAGAGAGCCCCGGUAAAGAGGAGGACCCUGUCCCGAUGACCAAGGCGCCCCUCAAAGAGGAACACUCCUGCGGAAACUGCUCUUCAUGCGUAAGAAACGCUCAGGAACCAAUGACGGAUGGACGGGAUGCGGGAGAGUGCAGGGAAAAGGAGCCUAAGAUAAAGGAGGUCGUGGUUGAGCAAGAGGAGGAGGCUCUCAACCUCAAGACCACCGGGGAGAAUGGGAGCCCUUUAGGGAACCGGUAUUAUGAGUCACAGGAUGCUACCUACGAGCCGACUGACUUGUCCAUGCAGGCAGAGUACGAGGAAAGUAGCCAGGCCCCGCUGUGGCCCGACCCCGAGGGUCUGGCUAGGAGGAUGCAGAUCGACCGCCUGGACAUUAACGUACAGAUCGACGAGUCGUACUGCGUGGAUGUGGGCGAGGGUCUCAAACGGUGGAAGUGCCGCAUGUGCGAGAAGUCGUACACCUCCAAGUACAACCUGGUGACCCACAUCCUGGGUCACAGCGGGAUCAAGCCUCACGAAUGCAUCCACUGCGGGAAGCUGUUCAAGCAGCCGAGCCAUCUCCAGACCCACCUUCUGACCCACCAAGGCACCCGUCCCCACAAGUGCACCGUCUGCGAAAAGGCCUUCACGCAGACCAGCCACCUGAAGAGACACAUGCUCCAGCACACGGACGUCAAGCCGUACAGCUGCCGCUUCUGCGGCCGCGGCUUCGCCUACCCCAGCGAACUCAGGACCCACGAGAGCAAGCACGAGAACGGCCAGUGCCACGUCUGCACCCAGUGUGGCAUGGAGUUCCCCACGUACGCACACCUGAAACGCCACCUGGCCACCCAUCAGGGACCCACCACCUACCAGUGCACCGAGUGCAACAAGUCGUUCGCCUACCGGAGUCAGCUGCAGAACCACCUGAUGAAGCACCAGAACGUGCGGCCGUACGUUUGCCCCGAGUGCGGCAUGGAGUUCGUCCAGAUCCACCACCUCCGGCAGCACGCUCUGACUCACAAGGGAAUGAAGGAGUUCAAGUGUGACGUCUGUGCCAGAGAGUUCACGCUGUCGGCGAACCUCAAGAGACACAUGCUGAUCCACGCCAGCGUCCGACCCUUCCAGUGCCACGUCUGCUUCAAGACCUUUGUCCAGAAGCAGACCCUGAAGACGCACAUGAUUGUCCACCUCCCCGUCAAGCCCUUCAAGUGCAAGGUGUGCGGGAAGUCCUUCAACAGAAUGUACAACCUGCUGGGCCACAUGCAUCUCCACGCCGGCAGCAAACCCUUCAAGUGUCCUUACUGCACCAGCAAGUUCAACCUGAAGGGGAACCUCAGCCGCCACAUGAAGGUCAAACACGGCAUCAUGGACACCACUAUAGAAGGACAAGAGCCGCCUCAAGACCCCGAAGCCCCCGAGGACUACGAGGAGAGCUUCGACUUCAGCGAGCGAGAGAACCGGGCCAACAACACCAACACGCCCGACGUGGCCAAAAUAUCUCAAGUGGAAUAUUACAGCACAUACGGGAAGGGGGCGGGGCGGUGCAGCACUGCAUAGAUUAAAACAGUGAACCCCCCCCCCCCGUAGCAUUUAAUAACAGGGUUUUGGGUUUGAAUCCCAGCUCGCUUUUACACUGGAGUUGCUAUUCGGAAUCUUCACCACAAAACACUACUGAUAAUCUGGUGAGAAGAAAAGCACAUUUACGAACUGCACUUAGUCACUGAGACAAUCCCACGAGGGCGGUCGGGUUCUGAUAAUGUGAAGGGUCCGAGAAGGAAUCUCAACUUGCCAAAGCUUCUUUAGAAAUGUUACAUAUUGUUUUAUACUGUGAUAAAUUAAAAACCCCGUCAGUUGUUUCGCCAUAACCUGUAUUGUACUGUACAGAAUGUAUCAGCGGGUCGAGCUGGUACCGAUGUCGGCGACACGCCGAGGCGCUGCGGUUUAGUUGGGCGUGAACGCCUGUCACUGGUUCUUUGAAUGUAAAUGUUUGAAUGUCUGAAGAUGCUAAAGGAAAUAAAAAAGUUACGACUUGA